GGACUGCUGACCUUCAGGGAUGUGGCCAUAGAAUUCUCCGAGGAGGAGUUGGGACGCCUGACCCACACUCAGCGGCAACUGUACAGGGACGUGAUGUUAGAGAACUAUGGACAUCUCCAUUUCUUGGGUCUCCUUCUGUCAAAGCCAGACCUGAUCAUGUUUUUGGAGCAAGAGAAGCAGCUCUGGGAUGUGAAGAGAAAGGAGACUGGAGGCUUCCAUCCAGCUCUAUCGUCACAUGACACCCAGAGUUUUCUGCUAAAGUGGAGCAUAGAAGGUUCUUUCCAGAAUGUGUCAAUGCACAGAUACAAACAUAGUGCUGUUGAGAUUUUACACUUACGCACAGACUGGGACAAUGAUGGGGAGAGUGAAGGGCAUCAGAGAAAUCCUGGACGAUACACCCAAACUAAGGUAAUUGCCCUUAAUGAAAAUCUCACUGCCCCAAAUGGUGAAGGAAAUAAAGCACUGUGGAAAACCUCCCUUUUUAAGUCAACUGUUUCUGCAGAGCAGUGUGUUUUUGUCAGCACAAGCUCCAAUCAAAUAUUCAAUCAUAGCGAUUUGUGGACAGACUGUUUGGAACAUCUGGAAAGUAACCUAGUCCAAGCUGAAAAUAAUGAUUUGAGCCAUUUGGAAAAUAGGAUUGGCCUGAACUUUCAGUCAAGUAUUUCUGAUCAUCAGAGAUUUAGAAAUGAAGAACAAAGUGCUCAGUGGGAUCCAUUCGAGAGGGACUUCACCGAGGAGUUGACCCUCCAGAAUGACCAGAGGAUUUCCACUGGAGACAGAAUUGCCCAAUGCACUGAAUCUCAGAAAACAUUGAACCAGGGCUCCAGUGUUCACAGAUGUGUCAGGGCUAGGUUUGCAGAGAACCAUCAUGAAUGUGAUAAAUGUGGGGAAGGCUUUCAUCCAAACUCUAACCUCAGUAUACAUAACAGUGUACUUUUGGGAGACAAUCCUCAUAAAGAUAAUGAAUGUGGGAAAGCUUGUAACCAGUCCUCCAGUGUUGGUGAUCAUCAGAGAAUUCACGAGGGAAAAAAUGCAUUCAGUUCUAAUAAACCAGGGACCAUGUUUAGUCAGUCAUUAAGCCUAAAAAGAAAUGACAUAAUUCCUAGGAGAACGGAAACUUACAUCUUUAAGGAAUGUGGUAAAUCCUUUGACUGCCACUCAACACUGUCUCCACAUCAGCGAAUGCAUACUAGAGAAAUAGUAUACAAAUGUGAAGAAGGUGGUCAAACCUUUAAGGACUGUUCAUCAAUAAAGGGACAUUUGCAGAUCUAUACUGGAGAGGAACAUUACCAAUGGGAAAAUUACAAGUGUAACGAAUGUGCCAAAGUCUUUAAAUCACACUCAAAACUUACUGAACAUCACAGAAUUCAUAGUGGAGAAAAACCUUACCAGUGUCAAGAAUGUGGCAAGGCCUUUAAGCAGAAUUCACACCUUACUCAACAUCACAGCAUUCAUACUGGAGAGAAACCUUACCAAUGUCAAGAAUGUGGCAAGGCCUUUAACGUGCACUCACACCUCAGUCGACAUCACAGAAUUCAUACUGGAGAGAAACCUUACCAGUGUCAAGAAUGUGGCAAGGCCUUUAACGUGCACUCACACCUCACUCGACAUAACAGAACUCAUACUAGAGCAAAACCCUAUAAAUAUCAAGAAUGUGGGAAGGCCAUUCAUUGGAACUCAAGGCUUACUCAACAUCAGAGAAUUCAUAUUGGAGAGAAACCUUACCAAUGUCAAGAAUGUGGCAAGGCCUUUAACCACAGGUCACCCCUUAUUUGACAUCACAGAAUUCACAGUGGAGAGAAACGUUACCAAUGUCAGGAAUGUGGCAAGGCCUUUGUUGACAGCAGCACCCUUAUUCGACAUCACAGAAUUCAUACUGGAGAGAAACCUUACCAAUGUCAAGAAUGUGGCAAGGGACUGCUGACCUUCAGGGAUGUGGCCAUAGAAUUCUCCGAGGAGGAGUGGGGAUGCCUGACCCACACUCAGCGGCAACUGUACAGGGACGUGAUGUUAGAGAACUAUGGACAUCUCCAUUUCUUGGGUCUCCUCCUGUCAGAGCCAGACCUGAUCAUGUUUUUGGAGCAAGAGAAGAAGCUAUGGGAUGUGAAGAGAAAGGAGACUGGAGGCUUCCAACCAGUUCUUGCAGAGGUUGUGCAGAUUGGCCUGGGUCAGAAUCACCAGGAGCACUUACAAGUCUUGGAUUUCUAUGGCUAA